AUGACCCCAACCGGUGGGGGAGCUCUGACCUCUGACCCCCCCGAGCCUCCAGCCAGCAGCAUCCUGACGCCAGAGCCUCCAAACCUGAAAGCAAGCUUUCCUCUUCACCCACAUCUGGUGGUUUUCUACAGUGGAAACUGGAACAUCCAUCCAUCCAUCCAUGUUGACGGCAGGGCGUCGGGGCGGCAGCCAGCAGAGCGCGAGGAGACGCGGAGCGAGCGCGAGCUGCGGAGACUAGCGCAGAAAUCCCAGCGCCGCGCUCCCGGAGGCAGGAAGACCAGAGGCCGCCGCCAGGAGAGAAGCCCAGGAAGGAGCCCCCCAGGGCCGGGAAGAGCCCCAGAAAAAGCCCCGGCAGAAGCCCCAGAAGGAGCCCCAAAAGAGGCCCAGAAGGAGCCCCAGGGCCGGGAGCAGCACCAGGAAAAGCCCCUGGAGCAUCCCGAGCCCCGGCCGCCCAGUGCCUUCGGGUCCAGGACAGGAGAGACGUCCCCCCCCCGGCCUGAGCGGAGGACAACCCCCCCCACCACCACCACCACACACACACCCUGUGCGGGCGGUAACGUUGCCGUAGUGAUCGGCAUCAUUGUCGCUGCUGCUUUUCUCCUCGUCAUCGCUGUGAUCGGAUUCAUUCUUUACAGAAAGAAGGACGCCAAGCGCCCUCAAUCUCUGAUGCAUUCCUGGAAGGCAUUCUACACUGGCAGCUCAGGUCUGAGUGAGUUUCCAGAGUUUGUGGCCUUGAAUCUCCUUGAUGAUGAGGUGAUGGGAUACUUUGACAGCAAGACCAACAGAUUUGAGGCCAAGAAGAGCUGGAUGAUGGGAACUCUGGGCCAGGAGUAUGUGGAACGACAGACAAAUAUUCUACUAGGACACUCCCAAACUUUCAAAGGAAAUGUUGGUAUUCUAAAGGAGCGAUUCAAUCAGUCAGGAGGCAGUAACGUUGCCAUGGUGAUCGGCAUCAUUGUUGCCGCUGCUUUUCUCCUCGUCAUCGCUGUGAUCGGAUUCAUUCUUUACAGAAAGAAGGACGCCAAGCGCCCUCCAUCUCGUAAGUAA